CGGAGCACACGCUGCUCUUCACUUCAGCUGCUCUGUGUGUGUGUGGAGAUUUAGCCCUUUCAUUUCAAGAGGAAGAAAAUGGCAUUCUCUAACCGAAGCUUCCAGAUGGGUUCAAGCACCCGCUUCCAAACUUCUGCACCCAGUGUCAGCGGUUUAUCUGUCAGGAGCUCGUCUAUCCAGAAGCUCCAGGCACCCAGCGUCUAUGGCGGAGCUGGGGGCUAUGGCACCCGCAUAUCCACUGGCACCAGCCUUGGACCAAACUUUGGCGGUAGCUUCCAGCUUAAUGUUACUGGUAACGAUGUGCUGCUUGCUGGCAAUGAGAAAUCAACCAUGCAAAAUCUAAAUGACCGGCUGGCUUCCUAUCUGGAGAGGGUGCGCUCUCUAGAAAAGGCAAACUCCUUGCUUGAAAAGCAGAUCAAGGAGUGGUAUGAGAAGAACGUCACACACGUAAGGCAGGACCACAGUGCUUACCUUAAAACGAUUGAGGAUCUUCAAAAUAAGAUUAGUGUUGCACACUUGGAAAAUGCAAGGCUUGUCCUGCAGAUUGACAAUGCCAAACUGGCUGCUGAUGAUUUCAGACUGAAGUUUGAGAACGAACUCCUUCUCAGGCAAAGUGUUGAGAAUGACAUCAAUGGACUGCUGCGAGUUCGUGAUGACUUGACUCUGACGAAAUCUGAUUUGGAGUCACAGAUUGAAAAUGUGAAUGAAGAACUACUUUUCCUUAAGAGGAACCAUGAGGAGGAAGUGGACAGACUGCAGAAACAAGUGGGAGGCUCAGUUAAUGUAGAGGUGGAUGCUGCUCCAAGUAUUGAUCUUGCAACUACUAUGGAAAACAUGAGACGGCAAUAUGAAGAAAUGGCAGAAAAGAACCGUCAAGAAGCCAAAGAACGAUUUGAGAAGCAGACAGAAGAACUGAACCUGGAAGUCGCAAUUAAUAUGGAACAACUGCAAGAGCAAAAGAGAGAGAUCACAGAGCGGAGACAGGUCUACCAGAGUCUGGAGCUAGAAUUACAGUCCCAUCUGAACAUGAAGAAGGCUUUAGAAGACACGCUGGAUGAAACUGAAGCACGUUAUACUUAUCAACUAAAUCAAAUACAGGAAGCAGUUGCCAGGUUAGAGGCUCAGUUGAGGCAACUCCGCUCUGACAUGGAGGCUCAGAACAACGAGUACAGCAUACUGCUGGACAUCAAGACUCGCCUGGAAAUGGAGAUUGCCACAUACCGCCGCCUGCUGGAAGGGGAGGACAGCAGGUCUGCCCAAGUGAAUUUACAUGCAGAGGAGACUGAAAAAGCAGAAUCAAAUAAAAUUAAGAAGAUCAAAACAAUUGUUGAAGAGGUGGUUGAUGGCAAGGUCGUCUCCUCUGAGGUAAAAGAGAUUGAAGAGAAGAUAUAACAGCGCCAGCAGAAGCGAGACAGCCUCUGAGCUCUAAUUACAUCAUUAAACUUUAUACAGAGUCCAAUCUAAUUCUCCAAUUCUCCCUGAAAUCAGCAGUGGUGGAAAAAUGCCAAAUUAUCAAAUCUCAAACAUUUUUUUUGUUGGGGGUGUUAAUAAAAAUAAUGUUUUGCAUCAGAAAGUUACGAAGUGCAAGGUUUGGAGUUUACUUAUGCAGUGACUAAAUAUCUUGAUGAAAGAAAACACAGAUCAGCCUGUUACAAAUGUAUUAUUGUUUCCAAGACAAAUAAAAGCUGAAGUGUUAGUCUUCAUUUACAUCAGAGUCUUAAUAUUACACUUAAAGAGUUGCUCAGUAUAAAUUUGAAAGUCAAAUGUCCUGUAGUGUGAAUUUACUACAGCUUUGAAAAUCAUAAAAAUUGAAUUUAGAAAAGUAUCGACACAAGUCUUCAUUACUGAAGUUCCAAAGCACUGAACUGGUGCAAGCCAUUAGAUGAAGAUAUGGGACAAAAUUUGUUCAUGUGCUUGACAAACUGGAAGUUUUUAAAAGAUACCUGUUAUUUCUGAAACCUUAAUGGACAACUUAUCAAAACUUUACAAGGAAGAAUUAACUUGGUAGGUAUGAUAUGCUCCCUAUCAAAUGUGCUAGUUUAACUGCAAUCUAUUUUUCUCUUAUGUGCUAGAACAUUUAGAGUAGGUAUUUUAAAAAAUAUAUUAAAAUGCUGAUUCAAUGGAUCUUUUCUGAACUUGAACUACCAUCCAAACGCAAUGCACCCUCACUUCAGUAAAAAAUGAUUUUCCAAUAAA